CACACUCCUGACCAUAAGCAAGUUGCUGCUUGUGGCCAGCAGGGAAGGAGACAAAGGGGUCAUCCCCAUUUCUUUCCUGGGGAAGAGUGGAUGCUUCUCCUUCAGCCCCAGAUUCUCCAACCAAGUUGGGAAGGAAGCUAGGAAAGAUGCCAGAUAGGAAAGCGGCAAUGGAGCAUCCAGCUUUCUGACGGUUCGUUGGUUCCUUGAUGCCUGUGGGAGUUGAGUGUCAGGAGACGCCUUGCCCUUUGAGUGGUACACAGAGUCAUUAAGAAAUUCCAGUGCAUCCUUCUUAUCCAUGUGAAUUCAAUCUAAUUAAAGGUUGGCAUGGAUCCCAGGGUCUCCUCUGAGAAUCAUCAGAAGAUCCCAAUGGAGGAGGAUUAUGAACAGAGAGAGGAGCCCAAGAAUGAUGGAGAUGAUGAGCCAGAGCCCUUUGGGUCCAGCCGUAUUAUGGCAGAAGAUAGCCACAUACAAAAGCAGCUGGAAUUCCAAAAUGGUAGCUUAGAGGAAGGAUUUGUGGUGCGUUCCCUGGAGAACGAGCCCCAAAACAUGAUGGAGAGCCUAAGCCCGAGGAAAUAUUCAUCAAGUCUGAAGUUUAAAGCCAAUGGGGACUAUUCCGGCUCCUAUUUAACCCUCUCCCAACCGGUGUCUACCAAGAGAAGCCCUUCUCCAAUGGGCACCAGCGUCAGGAGCAGUCCUUCCUUGGCCAAAAUCCAGGGAAGCAAACAGUUCUGUGAUGGAAUUGAUAAAAGUAUUUCCAUGAAGCCUCCUAUUUCUUUCCUCAGUUCUGCAGCCUCUCUUGGCGGCUAUCCGCUUGGGAAAGCAGAUUUGGAUCAUUAUACUGGUCGAGAUAGUGAGAGGUCCACCAGGCUCUCAGAGAAGCCUCCCUAUUCCAGAUACAGCUCUAGGAAUAAAUCACACGACAGCGUCUACUUUCUAGGGGGGCUGGAAGGAAGAAAAACCUCUGGCUCGCUCCUGACCAUGUGGAACGGAAAUUCCUUGAGCGGCACUGGCUCCUCAUCCAUCAGCAGGUCUGGGGCAGCAAGCAUGCCUUCAAGUCCAAAGCAAGUUAGGAAGAUGAACCUUCAGGACCACUCGACACUUCAGCCCAGGUUAAGCAGGCACAAGGAGCCGGCCUCCGAAAACGUUAGUGUGAGAACAAGGAAAUACUCAGGGAGCAGUCUGAGUAAUAUGGGUGCCUACAGCCGAUCGCUUCCCAGGUUGUAUAAAGCCACAGACAACCAGAUGUCGCCUCUCAGCCUGCCUCCAAGAAAUUCCCUGGGCAAUUCCAGACGAGGUCAGUUAGGAGAAAAGGAUCUACCUCAUAGCCUAGUGGAUAGUGAUAAUUACCUUAACUUUUCUUCUCUAAGCUCAGGGGCUUCACCCUAUAAAACCUGUCUGUCAGAGGGAAAUCCUUACGUAAGCUCUGCCCUCAGUGUUCCUGCCAGCCCUCGAGUGGCUCGGAAGAUGCUCCUGGCCUCCACCUCCUCUGAUGACUUUGAUAGGGCUUCAUACUCAGGGACCAGCCCAAGUCAUUCCUUCAUUUCUGGAGAGCCAGACCGAGUGCUUGUGGCUAGGAGGAACUUCUCUUGUGGAUCAAUGGAGCUUGAUGACUCUGAUCUGGAAAGCCUAAGACAGUCGUCAGAAACUCCGCAGCCGGUCCUUCGAGAACGGAAAAGCAGCAUCAGCUCCAUUUCAGGACGCGACGACCUGAUGGAUUAUCACCGACGACAGAGGGAGGAGAGACUCAGGGAGCAGGAGAUGGAGCGACUGGAGAGGCAGCGGCUGGAGACAAUCCUCAGUCUCUGUGCUGAGUACACGAAGCCCGAAACUCGCCGCCUGUCCGCUGGUACCACGGUGGCUGAUGUGCAGAAAAUCAACAAGGAGCUUGAGAAGCUGCAGCUGUCGGAUGAGGAGUCUGUGUUCGAGGAGGCUCUGGUGUGCCCGGACGCCAGGUACAGGUGCCACCGGAAGGGCUCUCUCCAGGAUGCUGACGUUGCUGGCUUCGGGAGCCUGGGUCACAGUGCCAGCUUCCUGGCCCCCAGGGGCAGCAGGAACGAUGAACUUCUUGGUGACCUCACUAGGACGCCCCCAUCAUCCUCGGCUGCGUUUCUGAAAGCAACCAACGAGUCUUCCUACCUCAGUAUCCUUCCGAAGACCCCAGAGGAUAUAGGUGAGGAACAGAGGACUCAAGAGUUGGCUGCAAUGGAAGAUGCCCGGAUGGUGAUUCUGAACAACCUUGAGGAACUUGAGCAGAAAAUCAAAGAUAUAAAUGACCAAAUGGAUGAGUCUUCCAGAGAGUUGGAUAUGGAAUGCGCUCUUUUGGAUGGAGAACAGAAAUCCGAGACGGCCGAGCUCAUGAAGGAAAAGGAGAUUCUAGAUCAUCUAAACCGGAAAAUCACGGAACUAGAAAAGAACAUCGUAGGCGAGAAGACCAAGGAUGCCGACCUGUUGGAUGUUGAGAGCAAACACUUUGAAGACUUGGAAUUCCAGCAGCUUGAGCACGAGAGCCGCCUGGAUGAGGAAAAGGAGAACUUGACUCAACAGCUCCUGCGGGAGGUGGCAGAGUAUCAGCGCAACAUCGUGGCUAGGAAGGAAAAAAUUUCUGCAUUGAAAAAGCAAGCCAGUCACAUCGUUCAGCAAGCUCAGAGGGAGCAAGAUCACUUUGUGAAAGAGAAGAAUAAUCUAAUAAUGAUGCUCCAAAGAGAAAAAGAGAAUCUUUGUAAUUUGGAAAAGAAAUACUCCAGCCUCACUGGUGGGAAAGGGUUCCCUAUUAACCCCAAUACUCUGAAAGAGGGAUAUAUCAGUGUAAAUGAGAUUAAUGAGUCAUGUGGCAAUUCCACGAAUCUAUCCCCUUCCACUCAGUUCCCUGCUGAUGCUGAUGCUGCUGUCACUGAGCCUGCCUCGGCUGUGCCGGUGAGCCAGCCCCAGAGUUCAGAGCACCGAACAGCUGUCUAUUCUGGAUUUAUGUCUCCUUCCACCCUCUCUCCUUCUGUCACUGAACCUUCAUCAGCCACUUGGCCUGAAGUCAUGACUGCAUCUGUCGAUCCUUUCCCUUUAAAUGACACACCUCCUCCUCUACCAGCUAAGAAACACAGAAGGCAGCAGCCGCAGGAACAACAGCACUUUAGAAGCCUGGAAGAAAGGAAGAAGCAGCACAAAGAAGGCCUCUACCUGAGUGACACUCUGCCUCGAAAGAAAACCACCCCUUCCCUGUCCCCACACUUCAGCAGUGCCACAAUGGGGAGGAGCACCACCCCGAAGGCUCACCUCCCUCUGGGGCAGAGCAAUAGCUGUGGCAGUGUGCUCCCUCACUCGCUGGCGACCAUGACCAAAGACCCUGAGUCUCGGAGGAUGCUCAGAGGUUAUAAUCACCAACAGAUGAGUGAGGGACAAAGACAGAAACCUGAAUUUUACAGCCGCACAGCAUCUGAGUCAAACGUCUACUUGAAUAGUUUCCAUUACCCAGAUCGCAGCUACAAGGACCAGGCCUAUGACACAUUGAGCCUGGACAGCUCUGACAGCAUGGAUACCAGUAUCUCUGCCUGUUCGCCCGACAAUAUAUCAAGUGCCAGCACAUCCAAUAUUGCCAGAAUAGAAGAAAUGGAGAGACUCUUGAAACAGGCGCACGCGGAGAAGACACGGCUGCUUGAGUCCAGGGAACGGGAAAUGGAAGCCAAAAAACGAGCUCUGGAAGAAGAAAAACGACGCCGGGAAAUCCUGGAAAAACGACUGCAAGAAGAAACCAGCCAGAGGCAGAAGUUAAUAGAAAAAGAAGUCAAAAUAAGAGAGAAACAAAGGGCACAGGCUCGUCCCCUGACUCGCUAUCUGCCAGUCCGGAAAGAAGACUUCGACUUGCGGAGUCACGUGGAGACUGCGGGCCACAAUAUUGACACCUGUUUUCAUGUGUCAAUCACAGAGAAGACCUGCCGAGGAUACCUCAUCAAAAUGGGUGGAAAAAUUAAAACGUGGAAAAAACGCUGGUUUGUUUUUGACCGGAAUAAGCGAACAUUUUCUUACUAUGCAGACAAGCAUGAGGCCAAAUUGAAAGGCGUGAUAUACUUUCAGGCCAUUGAAGAAGUGUAUUAUGAUCACCUCAAGAACGCUAAUAAGAGCCCUAAUCCAUUACUCACCUUUAGCGUCAAGACGCAUGACAGAAUCUAUUACAUGGUGGCUCCAUCACCAGAGGCCAUGCGGAUCUGGAUGGACGUUAUAGUGACUGGAGCAGAAGGAUAUACCCACUUCCUGUUGUAGUGAACUUCCCACUUCUGGGAAGACUGCAGUAGUCUCUUACAAGAAUGAAGCCAUACCCAGUCUCAGAUGGAAAGGACUACCAGACCCCAUCCCUUCAGCUGUGUGCACUCAGAACUCUUUCUAUAACGGAGAGCCUUUCGUAUGAAAGGAAGCAGGGCCCAUAGUGAUAGGACUGGAGCUCCUAUGACAGAAACAAAAACAAAACACUAUUUUGAUAAAAGCAUCAUUUAUAUACACACUCUUUUUUUAUCAGCUGGUGUUGGUUAAAUGAACUGAACAGUUUACACAAUAUCUGUAAAUAUGUACUUAGAAAUACAAGAUUAUUUUAGAACGCAGCUCAUUGCCCUUGAUGAUCACCUGCCUUCUUUGUAGGAAGUAGAAUUUUAUAAAAGUAGACAAAUAAUGACUUAGAAGGCAACAGGUUCUAGUUAUCUUGCCUUAGUAUUUAAAUACUGCACCCAAACCAAAGACCUGGCUUGACUCCUGUUUAACGUCAGUGUUGCUCUCUAAAUAGUCUUUAAAAGGGGACUUUGAUGUUACUUCUGUCGUAUCCACUCCCCGCCCCCAACAAGCUACUGUGCCUAUAUAAUAAACCACUUUCUUAAAAGAAUAAAAAACAAAAACAAAAACAAAAACCCCCUCCUUGUUUUUAAGAAAAGGCCAUCUGGGACAACAGACCCCUGCAAUGUCAGGCAGUUUGAAUUAAGGAGAAGGUUUAGUGGGGGGGUCCUGUUCUGCGGGAGGCUUGUCUAUUCCCAGUGCGGAGAAUGGAAGCAGGCAGUAGCCACUUUUCUCCAGACUGCUGUAUUCCUCUAAUGAAGUAAAAGAGUUAUCAGCGCCCCCACGUGGCAUAACCAUGAAAAUCUGAGCAAUUAAAAUAAUCUUUUUUUUUUUUCAAAAGACAACCAAAAUUCAAAUUACCAUUCUCUAUGCUAUAUCUUUUUCCAUGUAUCUUUACAAAUACCCUUUGUUUUUAGAGCUAAUGUUUGUUGAAUGAAAUGACUUCAGGCAAGUCUCUUUUAUAAUCAUUUUUCAAAUGCCAUUUGUGUGUGCGUGCGUGUUCUGUGUUUGUAAGUAUGAACAAAUUAUUUCCUAAAACAUGCCAAAUGGGUAGAAGUAGAAAACAAUGUUUAGAAAAGUGUCCAUAAAACUGUCAGGCCAACUGGGUACAACUUAAAAGAAACUUACAGUGUACUUUUAUAUCUUUAUACAUGUUUCCAAAAUUAAGAUUUUUUGCAACUGGAUGAUGCAAGGGUUUACUUGAAUAAUGAAGGACGGAGAUCAUGACCGUAGGAGGUAUUAUUUCUUGUCUGUGAUUUUUGCAGAGGUUCCCCUUCAAUGUUAGUGAUCUUAAACAUUAAAAUGCAAUUUUCAAGA